AUGACAACAUGCAGGAGAGAGCCAUUACAUUAUAUUCCUGGAUACACUGGAUAUUCUCCACAAUACACUUAUCGUUCAAGCGAUUCUUAUGGAACGUUGAUUCAAAAAAAUCUUGUUGAUUUUAAUAAAAAACAUUUGGAAAAGAUUUAUUUAUCAACCCGAGCUGAUGACGAAUACAAAAUUGAAAGACCUAUUCUUACUGAAAUUGAUAUAGCAAAAGAACAUGAAAUAUCAAAGGAAUCGCAUCGAACAUUAUCUGGUUUUCAGGGUUAUAUUCCAUUUUUAGGUGAAAAAAUUAGUUUACGUUAUGGUAUUUUAGUUGAUGACAAUAUACCAGCAAUUGAUAAACAAAUUUUAGAAGAUAAACGAAAAUCCAAGUAUAUUAAAUAUAGAAGUGCUAUACUAGAUAACGGUAAUCCUCAUAAAAGUUUGGGCGAAAGAUCUUUUAAGGGAAAUGAUUAUCGAUACUCACUAUCCGCUCUUAGACCUGAUGUGGAGAGUACUGAAAAUGAUGAUAAUAUCAAAGAUUUACCGGAACCACCACCACUUCCAUAUUCUAAAGAAAGUUAUUUUAAUAUUUCAAACACUAACAAUCAUAUUUCUGAUCCAUUACCUUUUAAAUGGCCUAAAUUCGGUGAAGGAAAUAAAGCUUAUGAAAAUGGAAUUAUAUGUGAUUUUGUUAAUAAUUAUCAUCAUAGACGAAAAAUUUAUUCAAAACAUAGAGGAAUCAUACCAAAUUAUACAGGACAUGUUCCGGGGCAAAAAUUUUCUAUUGGUAAAACAUAUGGAGCAUCAACAAUAGAUGCUAAGAAAUUUUUAAAUGCCUAA